GGAGAAGGCUGGGGGUGGUGGGAAAAGUUGGGGUUAUGCACUCGACGGGAAGAUCCAGGGGACCAAAAGAUAGCGCGGGGGAGAAGAGGAGAGACGCGAGAUAGAGGGCGCAUGACCGCCCGCAACAGUCCACCGCCCAUCUCCAAAACGCCGGCGACGCCGCAUACCUACAUACCUACGUACGUACCGAGGCGGCGGCGGGCGAGACAACGACGGCACUACAUUAUCUGACAGUGACCGGGCCAAGGGACUAAGAUGAUACCAGGCACCCCCAAAGACCUUAUCUGUCACGCACCGCCUCCCCGCGGCCUAUCUCCACCACCACCUGUCUCCCUCCCCCCCCCUUCCCUUGAACCACGCGCCCUCACAGCGUCGAGGUCUCCGCGGGGGCGAGGCUGCUUGCUUGGGAAUGACGUCCGUGGCAUGGGGGGUUGGGGUGUUCACAAGUGAGAUAGUAGACCCAGGACUGCUUAUAUAGACUGUGCACGACGCUUGACGUCUCGAGAGGAUGGUUCCGAAGCGUUGACAUCACGUUGUUGCCCUGCUCCCCCUUGCCACCGCCGGCUCAGAGAUAAGAAAGCAAUCCGGCCGGAGAGAUAGCAGAUAAAGGGAACAAAAAAACGAUGGCCUCCGAUAACACGCCGUCACCGUCGCCCAACGAGACGAGCGCUCUGCUCCCGAAAUCCACCAGCCGGAUCUCCAUCCCGGGCUUCUUCCGCUCCGCCUCGCUCUUCUCCCUCUCCAAGGCCGACCAGGCCCUCGGCCAGUCCGCACCAUUGGGCGACCGCCUGCCCUACAACGACUACACCACCAUCGAUUGGCUCCGCGACCUGACCAAGGAUUCGUCUCGCGCCCGCCGUCUCCACGCCCGCCCGGGCAUCCGCGGCCGGCUGUUGCGCUGGUUCGACCAGAGCCAGGGGUGGAUCGCCGCCGCCGUCAUUGGCCUGCUGACGGCCCUUGUCGCCUUCGUUGUCGACGUCUCCGUGGCGACGGUGAGCGACUGGAAGGAGGGCUACUGCGGGAGGAACGCGUUCCUCGACCGGGGGCGGUGCUGCUGGGACGUCGCCGAAACCGACGUGUGCGAUGCGUGGAGGCCCUGGGUCGACGGGGAGCGGGAGGGUGGAUCGUACCUCACCGGCUACGCCAUCUACGUCCUUUUUGCGCUGCUGUUUGGCGUCGUCGCGGGAAACGUAACGAUGACGACAAAGACGUCUCUCCCAGCCGUCGACGCCGACAGCGUGGUCACGAAAGGCACCAUGGCAGAGGGCAAGAUGAUGUACAUGGCUGCAGGCAGCGGCAUCCCUGAGAUCAAGACGAUUCUCUCGGGGUUCGUCAUCCCCCACUUCCUCGACCUCAAGGUGCUGGUCGUCAAGGCCGUCGGUGCCACGUUUGCCGUCUCGACGGGCAUGUGUCUGGGAAAGGAGGGCCCCUUUGUACACAUCUCGACCUGCGUCGGCUGGCUGGUAGCCAAUUGGUUCCCCAAGUACCGCGACAACCCGCGCAAGAUGCGGGAGAUGCUGAGCGUAGCGUGCUCGUCUGGUCUGUCUGUGGCAUUCGGCGCGCCGAUUGGCGGUGUGUUGUUCAGCUAUGAGGAAAUCAGCACGUACUUCCCACGACGUGUCUUGUGGAAGGCCUUUCUCUGUUCUCUCAUUGCGGCCAUCGCGCUAAAGGCCUUGAAUCCCACAGGGACAGGCAAGCUGGUGCUGUUUGAGACGAACUAUGGCGUCGACUACGACCCCGUCCACUACAUCGUAUUCGUGUUCCUCGGGCUCUGCGGCGGAGUGUUUGGCGGCGUUUUCUGCCAGGCCAAUUUUCUGUGGUCGAAACGCUUCCGCAAGUACGACAUCGUCAAGAAACACCCCGUCUUCGAGCUGUGCGGCGUCGUCCUCGUCACCGCCCUGCUGCAGUACCCCAACAUCCUCAUCCGCGACACGGGCGACGUGUCGCUAUCCAAGCUGCUGGUCGACUGCAAAGAUCCGACGGGCGACUGGAUCUGCGAGCAGGAGCAGGGCAGCGACAAGACAGCGCACAUGCUGCGGCUGGCGGGCGGCGCCGUCAUCAAGCUCCUGCUGACCAUCAUUACCUUUGGGUGCAAAGUCCCCUCGGGUAUCAUUAUCCCCGCGCUGGAUGGCGGCGCCCUGUUCGGCCGGCUUGUUGGUCAGUUCAUCGGGGAUAUAUCGCCCGGCAUCUUCGCCAUGGUUGGAGCGGCAGCUUUCCUCGCGGGCGUGAGCAGGAUGACGGUGAGUCUAGCAGUCAUCAUGUUCGAGCUGACGGGCGAGGUGACGUAUGUACCGGCCUUCAUGUGCGCCAUCUUGACGGCCAAGUGGGUUGCGGAUGCCAUCUCGUCCGAGUCCGUGUACGACCUCUCACAGCACCUGCUAGGCCACCCGUUCCUUGACGCGGAGCAGGCCUAUGAAGUCGUCCGUCACCGAGAGGCCACGGCCCGCGAACUGAUCCCGCCGCCGGCAACAAUGAAGGAGAUCACCCUUUGGACGGGACGGGGGUAUCGAGUGCGGAAAGGCGUGCUUGCAGAGAAGCUGCGGAAGCUCAAGGGCAGAGGGCUGAUGGACGCGGGACUCGUAUUGGUCAACGCUUCCGGCCUGCUUUUCGGCUACUGGCCCGAGGUGGAAAUAGAGUACGCCUUACAGAUGGAAGAUGAGGGCGAGGAGGAGAUUGACGUGCGCAGCGAGACCAUGACGGAGCUGAUUGACCGGACGCCCAUCACCGUCAGCGCCGAGGCGCCCAUGGAGUAUGUUCUGGAGAUGUUCGGGAAGCUGGGGCCGAGGUACAUCAUCAUCGUCGAGCCGGAGACCGCCAAGGUGCUGGGCGUCGUGCUCAAAAAGCGGCUGCUAGACUUUUUAGAUCGGGUAAAGGAACAUUGAUGCAUUGGCUGGGACUUUUUAGGCGUAAAAAUUUAGCGCGGGUUGUGUUUUCGGGAGAUUUCGUGUCUGAAAGAAUCUGUAUGCGUUCCUCUCGUUUGCAGUCUGAAAAGAAAGAAACUGGUCAAAUUGUCAUAGGCGCUGUGUCGGGGCGUGGUCCUACCGUGCCUUGUUCGGUCUAUAGUGCCGCGCUUGUCAUGAUGCCGAAGGUAGGGCUGAGUCGGUGGCUUUUCCCGGAGCAUUCAAUUGCCCCGGCCAUAGUUUUCUUUGGGCCCUUCUCGUGUCGUUGUCGUCCUUGCCAACCU